AUGGCGAGAAUUUUUGCACCUGGUAAUGGCCAACAACAAUCACAAGACCAACAGCAACAGCAGCAGUCACAAUCAGCACCCACAGUUUCAUUACAAGCUUUCACCAGUCAAAUGACAGGAAAUACGAUGGAAAACACAUUACAGAAUGCAAAAAUAGGUCAAGACAUGGAAGCUCUAUCAAAACCAUUACUUCAAGUUCCAAUUCCACCUCCAGUCAGACAAAGAUCAGUAUCUUCACCAAUGCCACAAACUCCACAGAUAAGUAUAACUGUUCCCAAUUACAGAAAUGGAUUACAUAGUCCCCAAGUCCCACCUCCGGUACCUCCAAGGUCUCCAUUAGGUAGAGGUCCCC